UGACAACGUCAUUGUGAUUUUCUUUUGUGUAUUGAUUUUUUUCGUCGGACGCGAAAAAGUUUUUCCUUUGUGCAUUAAUUAAUUGUUGGAAUAUAAAUUAAAUAUAGUGAUGGGCGCCGCUUUCUUUCCUGUAUUAUUUUUCACUGCAUUCUGGGCAUGUGUUGGCAUCGGUAUACCAAUGAUGACGCCAAAAGGACCACAUCAAAGUCUCUUUCGUUGCAUUAUGAUGUUAACUGCAGCGACUUGCUGGCUGUUUUGGCUAUGCUGUUACAUGGCACAGAUGAAUCCUUUACUUGGACCAAAAUUGAACCAAAACACUAUCUACAUGAUUGCAAAGGAGUGGGGCAGUGAACUGAAGGAUGGUUAAUUGGCUGUGGUACAAAUAUUACUAGUUGUUGUACAAAAGCAGACUUAUGCUUAUUACUUAUGUAAAUACUUUAUUUCCCAUAUUAAUUAGAAAAUUUAUUAUGUGUUAAGUUGGUGAUUCAUUUUAUCAAUUAUGCAUUCCUCUCAUAUUUUAUCAAGAUUGAUAAUAAAAUGCAAUAAUUACCAAAAAAAAAAAAAAUUAAUCACAAUGUAAAUUAUAAUUUAGAAACCGAAUUUCUCAACUAAACAACAGAAAAUGUAUUAAUUGAAUAUUUAUUAAAAUGUAUUAAUAAAUAGAGGACCUUAGUGAACAUAUUUACAUUUUUUUAUGUGAUUUCUAAUUAAAUGUUAUACACAUGAAUUAAUUUUUCUUUAUAUUGAGCUAUUGACGGACCUUAACAACACAUACCAAAUAAAUAUCAACAGUUUCUUCAGGAG